AUGUGGGAAUUUCGCUGGCCGAUGCUCGGCAUAAUUAUUCCUUGUGCGUUGAUUGCCACUAUAGGGUAUGGAUCCCAUUUCUUCAUAUUCUCGAAUCACAUGAGCAAAAGAGCCCAGAUUUGUUACCAAGUGUACGUGACCAUGGUAUGGGUAUCCUAUAUUUUGGCUAUCUGGAAGCGUCCUGGUACUGGCCCGAAAUCGUACGUUCCACCACCCUCUCGCUGGAAGAGAUGGUGCAAUAAAUGCAACAAUUUCAAACCAGAAAGAGCACACCAUUGCAGAAAAUGCAAUGUUUGUGUGCUUCAAAUGGACCAUCAUUGCCCCUGGACAAACAACUGCGUGGGAAAUGGGAAUACACCGCAUUUCAUCAGAUUCUUGGUGUGGGUGAUAUUCGCCACAGGGCUAACUCUAUGGGAGCUUCUCAAACGUGCAGUGGGUUUCUGGAAUGACAUGCACUUGCCCGCAUACUUGAUCAGGAAAUCGGAGCUCACGGCGGUGAUUUUGUUAGUACCACUAGACGCAUUUGUGUUUUUCGCCGUCUUUGUUUUGUUCAUCAAAUGCAUCCUCCAUCUUGCAAGCGGAAAAACGCAGAUCGAGGUCUGGGAGUCUGAGCGCAUUGAGUCUCAAUUCCACACCGAAAGACUUUGGUUGAAAAUAAGAAACAAUUUCAAAAUGGUUCACAACAAGGAGAUGCCCACGCUUUCAUCGUGGAAUCCCACUGCGGCAAUGUAUGACUCCUUGGAAUUAAGAGACAUCCACAAUGAAGUAGAUGAGCCCAUUGUCCCGCAGAAUUUCGCGCCAGACGACUUGAUCUUUCCUUAUGACUUAGGGAUAUAUCAGAAUUUGAAAAACGCCCUUGGACAGCCAUGGACCUGGGUUCUUCCGUGGGGCAAUGCAUUGGGUGAUGGCGUGAAAUUUAAGCAAAACGACGACGACGACCAGUUGAACCUCCCAUGGCCACCAGAUGGAGGCAAUGUUGAGUUCACAGGCAGGAAACUUUCGGAUGAAGAGUUGCGAAAAAUAGGGAAUGUUGCCGUCAUAAAGAAACUCUUGGACCAUCGGAGCAACAUGUCCCGGAAUAUGUGGUUCAAUGAUUGGGGCGAAGCGCUAGGAGACUAUGGCGUUGAUGUCGAAGCAGAGGAAGAGAAAGGGCUCAUGAUUGAUAGCAGCAACUAG